AUGUCUUCUCAGGUCACAGGCUUAGGGAGGUCUGAAGGAAAUGGAGGCACAUUCACUUCUAAUCCUGUGGUAGUGAAGCAAGAGAAGUCUUCCACCUGCAAAGAUGAAAAACAAGAGAGACCCAACAGAGAAAAAAAGGGAGGAAAGGAAGAUGGCCACCCUGCUGCAGGUGUCUCUCCUCAGGGGGAAGGAAACCUAACCACAGUAACCUUUACUGAAGCCAAAGCCCCAGGUUUGGGAAAAAUUACCCUGCAGAAUUCUGGAGACUCAGGCAAAAUCUCUAAUUCCCCUCAUGGCCUAAUGACUGCAGAAGUAAACUGUGGUGCUCUGAAUGUGAAAGUGGAAAUUAAGAAAAGCUCGCUGUUUGAUUGUGGACUGAAUCUGGUCAUUAAAAAAAGAUGCCCCAGAAAGAGCCAGUGGUGUCAUGACUCCCAGAGUCACAGGUGCCACCAGUUUAGAAACAAGAGUCCUUGGAAGGGUCACUCGGCAGGAUGUAAUGCACAGAAUAAGCCAUCCACUAAAAGCAAAACUCAACUUGCCAGACACGAGGGACCCUUCUUGAGCGUGAGCAUCGUAGGAAAAGAAAUGAAGGUGAAAUAUGCCAAUAAAAAAGAGGUUGUACUGAUUGACCUGGAACCCUCUAAACGAGGGAAGAGAAAUGGAAACAAAUAUGGAAAUCUCUGUUCAAAUCUCACAGCCUAUACUACUUCCAAAGAGCACUCCGGCUCCCAUCCACCGUCAGAUCUUAGCCUUUGGGAAAAGAAGCAACGUUUUUCAAAUGACAAGGGUCCAGAUGGCUGUUUGCGUGUCCUUACCCCUGAUGAUUCUGCUGAUUGCGAGGAACAGAACUUAGAUCUCCAGGUCAUGACUCUCCCCUUUACUCCAGAGAGCACCAGGCAUAAGCCUGUCACCUCCUUAUCAGUAUUAAGUGAUUGGGAAAGAAAAUGUGCAAUGGCAGACAUUGGAAAGGAUAACCAUAGGGAAAAGGAGAAUUGCUUUGAGGAUGAGACUUUUAUUGACUGUAGUCCUCUAAAAAUCAGAGAGUCAGGGGGCACGGUCUUAUCCAAGGGGCUUCUUGAGGAGCCAAGUGAAACAGUGGGUAGAAGAGAAAGCAGAUUUCCUGACCUGGAAAAUACUAGCCCAUCAGAGGCAUCUCUAGAGGCAGAUCCAGAAAGAAGAUCACAUUUUCCACACACUCUCACUGAUCUGUUUUUAUCAGGAUCAGGGAGGAAAGAAGAUGGUUCUCAUUCUUUGUCAGUUUUCAAACCACAGUCUGCUCUAGGUCAAGAAAUGAGCAGCUCCUUGCACGAUAACUGUGCCAACAUAGGCCCUGAAAUUACAGAGUUUGGUUCAUUUUCUAGAUCACCAUCCUCAUGUUCCAGUCUGAAAAGCUUACAGUUUCCUCUCGCAUGCUUCCCCGGCUCAGUCACUUGCUACCCUCCGCCUGAAAUGUGCACCGGGGAUGCUUUGUUCGUGAAUACCUGCACUGCCUAUGAGAUGGACUGUGAGGAACUGCAGGCCCCACCAGAAAAUGCUUUCUGUUCUUCGCUGAAACUCACUCGUGACCAGGAACCGGAACAGGGGAACUUCGAGUCCCCGAGAUCGUUUUCUGUUUGGGAAGAAGUACACACUGACUUUAGUGAAAGCGGCUUUGAUGAGGACACGUUAGAAAGUGAGCAUCGCACAGAAGUGCAGGAGCUGCCAGAAUCCAAGCCCGAGUCCUUGCUUACUCUGGUCUCUUUACCUUGUAGCUGCCCAGCAAAUGGGCUGGUGGGUUCCCCCAUAAGCGCUAAGAGCAGUACCACAGAUUGCGGGCAAAGGCCAUCUUCGGCAUCCCGGCUGGACACAACUCUGCUGACAGGCUCUCAAGAGUUGGAGGAAGCACCCAGAAAAUGGAGUAGGUCAGUGAUGACUGUAAUAACUGGCGACUUUGAACAAAGACUAAUCAUUCAAAAUGACAGUAAGGUCAAAACUGUUGCUUGUUGUCCUGGGGUCAGAGAAGUUUCUGGAGCAUCCAGCAAUGUACUGUCUUGGACUUUGAGAGAUCUUGAGGUGGAGGAGCCAGUCCCAGGAAAUGAAUUCCUGAGCAUCAGUGGGGUCCAAGGACAAGGUGAGGUUCAUUUCCUAAGGGAUUUCCCAGAGGCCCCAUCGAGUGCCAGUUCUUCAGGGUCCCCUGAAGAUGAUCAAAUUGCCAGCAAGAAAACACAAAUUAAAGAAGCAGGUGAGAGCGGCGACCAUGAAGACCCAAGCCAAGAACUUAAUCCCAUCAGACCAGAGUCCGCGGGACAGGUAAAGCAGUGGAUGGAGUCAACUCCUCAUAGAGGUGAGAAAAGUGGUGAUAAAAAGGAGGACAGCUCACAGACAACAAAUGCACAACUGUCAACCCAGGCCCAGAGUCUUCUGAAAGACUGGAAGUUGGGAGUGAUUAAACCCUCAGGGGAUCUGGUACCCAGAGAUUCAAAUACCAGUGACAGUUCCCAGGAAGACGCAUUAGACAAAUGGGCCAAGAGACGGAAGCUGUUUAAAGACAGCAAGAAACACAGCUCUACUGGAGGGAGUUCUUUUGCCAGCAACAACCCUGAAGGAUCAAUCAAUUCUGAAGAUGGUCGCUCCACAGACAUUUUUCUACAAGCUGACAUUGAGGAGAGAGGAUUCUAUACAGAGAGUUUUCAUUCCGCCUCGUGGAUCUUCCGAGGGGAUGAUGGGGAUUCAGAGAACAGUCCCAGGUGUCUGAGUAAAAGACCCCGUCCAGUGGCUGUCCGUGAACGAACCGUGAGGAUAUCCAAAGGAACUGGCGAUUACCCCUGGGGGUUUCGAAUCCAAUUCUCCAAACCCAUCUUGGUGACCGAAGUGGAUACUAAUAGUGCCGCAGAGGAAGCCGGCCUGCAGAUCGGCGAUACCCUGAUGGCCGUCAACGGAGCCGACGUCACCCGCGUCGCCCAUUCGGAGGCGGUCAGUCUUGCCAGAAAAGGACCGGACGUCUUGACGGUGGUGGUUGGGUCAGAUAUCAGCCGUUGCCCAAACACUCCUCGCCCGACCUGCCGCGGAUAUCUUCAUAAGAGGACGCACUCGGGGCUGCUGAGGGGAUGGAGGAAGAGGUGGUUUGUCCUGAAGCCUGAUGGCUGCCUCCAUUACUACAAACACAAGCAGGACGAAGGGAAGUGCCGGCCUCUCUCCGUUUCGAAGCUAGAAGGGGCAGAAGUUGGCAUUGACAACAGUUUGGGUAAACCAUUUGUUUUUAAGUGCGUGACUCAAUCUGGAAGCAGGGCUUUAUGCCUCUGCGCAACUUCAAACCAAGAGAUGAAAAGGUGGCUGGAAGCUAUGGACAAAGCCAGACAUCCCAUCCAGCAGAACCACGUCUGGGUGGAUGUAACGCUGCACAACAGCAGCCUGCCACCCUUGGCUAUAAAGAACCCGGACUGCUUGGGCCUUCUGCAUCAGCUGGAUGGGACCAAGGAUGACUGGGUUCAGCGCUACUGCAUCCUGAAAGACGGCUGCCUCUACUUCUACGCCAGCAUUCGCUCCCCUCGGGCCCUCGGAGGCCUGUACCUACAAGGCUACACCACGAGCGAACAGGUCCUUGUCUCCAAACAACCUGUCAUUGAGCUCAAACCCCCAUCAGAAGAGUUCAAAACCUUCUAUUUGUGUGCAGAGAAUGAAACAGAGAAUAAGCGCUGGAUUACGGCUUUGCAGAUCUCAAUUAAAAAAUGGAUUCCUCUGCACCAAGCCAUUCAAGACUUCAUGAACCGUCCUCUGGAGGAGACCAGAAUGUGAAGGAAAAACCCGGCGCUUGGCCUUCAGUAAACACUUAACAAAUAUCACGAUUAUUAUUAGUAGUAGCAGGAACAAUAAUAAUAACGAUAGUAAUAAUGAACGUUCACCCAACAUGGGAUUCUCUCAAUUCUCACCUAUGGAUUCAGCAGCAAGAAAAUGGAAAAACGAAUACGGCCUAUUUUCCAGAAAAUGAGCGGUUGACCAGAUGGGCCAUCUGAUGGGUGUUUUCUAG